AUGGUCCAGUUGGACAUGGAUCACCUGUUGGUACUGUCGCUGUUGCUGUGGAGCUCAGACUAUUUCAGGUUGGUGAGAGGAGGCCGUCCCUGUGCAGGAACACUAGAGGUGAAACAUGAGGGACAGUGGAGUCCAGUGGCUGAUGCUUUCUCUUACUGGAGAAUUGAGACAGCAGCCUUUGUCUGCAGUGAACUCAACUGCGGCUCUGCAGUUUCUGUUGGAUUGAGAGAGGAAUCCUCGGCGGUAACUGCAUGGAUGAUCGGCUCUGACUGUGCCAAGUUUGGACCUGCUCUGAGGGAGUGCUUAACCUCAACGUACUCUUCCUAUGUCCUCCAUCUCACCUGCUCAGAAUCUGAGGUAGAAACAGAGGAGUUCUCAGACGAACAUGUGUGGAUGCUCACAAAUGACUGUGUUCAAUCUGGAUCUGGUCUGAGGGAGUGUGUCUAUUCAAGUUACUCUUCCUCCAUUGUGAAUCUCACCUGCUCAGACUCUGUCAGACUGGUGAAUGGGACCAGUCUGUGCUCAGGCAGACUGGAGGUGAAGUCUGACCAGUCUAACCAGAGCUGGUCCUCAGUGUGUGAAGCUGACUUUGACCAGCAGGAUGCAGAGGUGGUCUGCAGGGAGCUUGGCUGUGGGGAUCCUUCAGUCCUCCAGGGGGCGCUCUAUGGAGAAGUGGAGACUACAAUGUGGACAAAAGAGUUCCAGUGUGGAGGAAAUGAGUCUGCUCUCCUGGACUGUAGAAGCUCAGGCUCAGAUAGAAACACCUGCUCACCCGGCAGAGCUGUUGGACUCACCUGCUCAGAGCCUGUCAGGUUAGUGGGAGGAGACAGUCGCUGUACAGGAACACUGGAGGUGAAACAGGGAGAGUGGAGACCAGUGAAUGGCACUGACUGGACCCUGAAGGAAGCAGAUGCUGUCUGCAGAAAGUUGGGCUGUGGCUCUGCGGUUUCUGUAGCACGGAGAGAGGAGUCCUCAGAGAGAUCUGCAUGGUCGAUCAGGUCUGACUGUUUUCACGCUGGAUCUGCUCUGAGGGAGUGUGUAACAUCAUCACUGAGUUCUUCCUACUUCCUGGACCUCACCUGCUCAGACUCUGUCAGACUGGUGAAUGGGACCAGUCUGUGCUCAGGCAGACUGGAGGUGAAGUCUGACCAGUCUAAC